GUGGCAUAAACCUAACCUAACCUAAUAUUAUAGUUUAUCUGUCAAGAACGUGUAGUUUUAUAAAUUUAAAAUAAACUAUAAAGUAAUUUUUAAUUAAAAUUAUGUCUCGUUUAAUUGUUAAGAAUUUACCAAAAAAUGUAACAGAAGAGGCAUUGCGAGAAUUAUUUGGUCAAAAAGGCACUGUCACAGAUGUACAACUUAAAUACACUCCUGAAGGAAAAUUUAGGAGAUUUGGAUUCAUUGGAUAUCAAAAUGAGAGUGAAGCUGAAGAAGCCAUUGCGUCAUUGAAUAACACUUUUCUUAAAACAAGUAAAAUCUCUGUGGAGAAUUGUACAGUGUUGGGUGAUGAGAAAAAACCUAAAGCUUGGAGUAAGUAUGCCCCAGACAGCAAAGCAUUUAAAAAAGCACAUAAAAUAGACAACAUCCCUGAGGUAGAGGUUAAAGAAAUACCAAACAAGAAACAAGAAAAGAAUGAAACUGUGCAGUUAUUAGAGAGGUACAAGGACGAUGCAACAUUUGAGGAAUUUUUACAAGUACAUGCUCCAAAAGAAGUUGAAAAACUUCAUAAUUUAGGGAACAGUUCAGAAAAUGAAGAUAGUGCAAUAGACUCAGGCGAAGGAAAUGAAUCUGAUCACUCAGAAAAAGAAGCUGAUGAGCAAGAAAUAAAUAAAUUUGCUAAUGAACAAAUUUCUGACUUGGAAUAUAUGAAAAAACUUAUGAAAACAACUGGAGAUGUUCCAGAAAGGAAACCUCGACAGAAAAUGGAAAAAAAAGUUAAAGAGAAAAUAAAUCUAUUUACAGUUAAGUUGAAAGAUUUGCCAUACAAUACUAGGAAAAAAGACAUUAAAAAGUUUUUUAAACCAAUUACUCCUUAUAGUAUUAGAAUACCAAGAAAUGUGCAUGGGUUCGCUUAUGUUGGUUUUAAAACAGAAAAACUGUUUAACAAAGCUCUAAUCAAGGAUAGAAGUUUUAUAAAUGGCAAGAGAAUAUCUGUGAUAAAAUAUAUCACAAACACUGAGAGCGGUAAAGAGGAAAAUGAGAAAAAUAAUAAUCCCUUAAAAAGUAAAUGGAAAAACCAAGAAGAAGCUUUAAAGAACGAGGAGAAUAUUGCUGAAUCUGGAAAAAUAUUUAUUAGGAAUUUAGCUUACACUACUACCGAGGAAGAUAUUGAAGGUUUAUUUUCAAAAUAUGGACCAUUAACAGAAGUUAAUUUACCUGUGGAUUCGGCGACCAGAAAAAUGAAAGGAUUUGGUACUAUAACAUUUUUAAUGCCAGAACAUGCAGUUAAAGCUUAUUCGGAACUAGAUGGAACUAUUUUGCACGGGAGAAUGGUUCAUCUUUUACCGGGGAAAAGCAAAGAUACAACUGAAGAAAAUAAUUUAGAAGAAUCUUCAAAUUUUAAGAAGAAGAAGUCGGCCAAACAAAAAGCAGAAGCCGGUUCUUCCCACAACUGGAAUUCGUUGUUCCUAGGACAUGACGCUGUUGCCGACGUGAUUGCGGAUACGUACGGAACCACUAAGGAAGCUGUGAUCGGCCCAGAAGGGAAGGGUAGUGCCGCUGUUAGACUGGCUCUAGGAGAAACGCAAAUUGUUGCUCAAACUAGGAAAUAUUUGGAGCAGGAAGGUGUCAUUUUAGACGCUUUUAAUAAUGUCGGUGCGAAAAGAUCUAAAACGAUAAUACUGGUAAAAAAUUUACCAUCUAGGACUGAAGGCAAGGAAAUUAUGGAUAUUUUUAAGAAGCACGGAGAAAUAGGAAGGAUAAUUUUACCUCCAAGUGGAAUAACAGCCAUCGUAGAAUUUCUUGAUCCGUCCGAAGCAAGGAAAGCUUUUACCAAAUUAGCCUAUUCAAAAUUUAAAAACAUGCCGCUGUAUUUGGAGUGGGCGCCAGAAAAUAGUUUGGUGGCGGGUAGGCAUAAAGAGAUCAAAGAAGAAAGCGAUAAACCAAUUGAAGACGUACAGGAAUCGACCGUAGAGCAGGGUGUGGAAAAUGAAGAAGAUGAAGAUGAAGAACCCGAACCUGAUACCACGUUAUUUGUGAAAAAUUUAAAUUUUAAAACCACGGAUGAGGGACUGAGGAAGCAUUUCGAGCCAUGUGGUAAGAUCAAUUACGCAAAUGUGGCGACCAAGAAGGAUCCCAGCGAUCCUAACAACAAACUCUCCAUGGGCUACGGGUUCGUGCGGUACAUGCAUAAAGUCGGUGCCGAUAAGGCAUUAAAAACGUUGCAGCAGAGCGUUUUAGAUGGGAAAUCUCUAGAACUGAAACGUUCGGAAAGGACUUUGAAGAGUGAAGUUAAAAGCACCAGAAAAGCUGUUAAAAGCGUGAAACAAACGGGUACAAAAAUAUUAGUUAGAAACGUUCCUUUCCAGGCGACGAAGAAAGAGAUUCAAGAACUCUUCAGUACUUUUGGAGAAAUCAAAGCAUUGCGGUUGCCGAAGAAAAUGGAUGCAAGUUCGGGUUCGCAUCGUGGUUUCGCCUUUAUUGAUUUCACUACAGGUUCUGAGGCUAAGGCUGCAUUCGAAGCGUUGAGUCAAAGUACACAUUUGUACGGUCGACGUUUGGUAUUGGAAUGGGCGUCAAGCGAGGAAGGUGUACAGGAAAUAAGAAAACGAACGGCAGAUCAUUUCAAGCCGGCAGAAGAAGUAAAGUCCAAAAAAAGUGUUUUUAACAUAGAAUAAGGAAAUUGUUUUUAUUAAAUUUAUUUUAAAUCAAAA